AGAAGCGAGUCUGCCUUCCCCCUUUCUCGCCCUCCCAAAAGCGCCGCCGGGGCAGAGGAUGGUGCUUACGCCGCCUCCCCGCUGCGGCUGCCCCGCGGCAAAGUAAACCCACUGGAGUCCUUCGCCUUGGGAAGAAGAAGAAGAAGAGGCACCAGCAGGCGGCUAGCUGGAAAGCGGCGGCGGCGGCGGCGGCAACGAGGGCGGGAAGCCCCCUGUGGGUGAAGUCGAGCUGGCUGCUAGGCGAGAAGUUCCGCGGGGGUGGCGUCGGCAGCAGCAGCAGCAGCAACCUGGGGGGUUUCUCCUGGGCCAGGCCUAAAUGUCACCAUGAAUGGCAACUGAUCGGGAAUCCCAAGAUUAACCAAAACAUUUGAAGUGCGGAAGGCAGAAGAAAUCUAAUAUACCACUAACACUGUUGUGUAGCCAUGGCAGACCCUUCAGCAGAGGUACCUUUUUCUGUGGUGACUCAAAUGGAAUUAAUUGAGGAACCACAGUGCUACUAUAAUGAAACCAUUGCCUUCUUUUAUAACCGAAGUGGGAAACCUCUAGCCACUGAAUGGAACACUGUCAGCAAGCUUGUGAUGGGACUUGGGAUUACAGUAUGUGUCUUCAUCAUGCUAGCCAACCUCUUAGUUAUGGUGGCUAUCUAUCUCAACCGGCGUUUUCAUUUUCCUAUUUAUUACCUAAUGGCUAACUUAGCUGCUGCAGACUUCUUUGCAGGACUGGCAUACUUCUACCUAAUGUUUAACACGGGACCCAACACUAGAAGAUUGACUGUCAGCACCUGGCUCCUUCGUCAGGGUCUCAUUGAUACUAGCCUGACAGCCUCUGUUGCCAACCUGUUGGCAAUUGCCAUAGAGAGGCACAUCACAGUGUUCCGCAUGCAGUUGCAUACUCGGAUGAGUAACCGGCGAGUUGUGGUGGUAAUUGUUGUCAUCUGGACUAUGGCCAUCAUCAUGGGAGCUAUACCAAGUGUGGGCUGGAACUGUAUCUGUGACCUCGAUCACUGUUCCAACAUGGCACCACUCUACAGUGACUCUUACUUGGUCUUCUGGGCUAUUUUCAACCUGGUCACCUUUGUAGUCAUGGUGGUCUUAUAUGCUCAUAUCUUUGGCUAUGUCCGCCAGAGGACUAUGAGAAUGUCCAGACAUAGCUCUGGACCACGUAGAAAUCGGGACACCAUGAUGAGUCUUCUGAAGACUGUGGUCAUUGUGCUUGGUGCUUUUAUAAUCUGCUGGACUCCUGGCUUAGUCUUGCUUCUCCUUGAUGUUUGCUGCCCACAGUGUAAUGUCCUGGCGUAUGAAAAAUUCUUCUUGUUACUUGCGGAAUUCAACUCUGCCAUGAACCCCAUCAUCUACUCCUACCGGGACAAGGAAAUGAGUGCCACCUUCAAACAGAUUCUUUGCUGUCAGCGCAGCGAGAGUGCUAACGGCCCGACGGAAGGCUCUGACCGGUCUGCCUCUUCGCUCAAUCACACCAUCUUGGCUGGAGUUCACAGUAAUGACCAUUCUGUGGUUUGAAAAGGAACUGAACGAUACCUUUUAAAGAGAAAACACACACAAGAAUUUAGCGCUGGGCAAACUGUAACUAGUUAUGAAACUAUUGAUGGGGGGGGAGGUCUUCGAAAGGAAGAAAAUAACCAACUUAUGAACUCUUUUCUUAAUCACUAAUGGAUGAUAGUACUUAAGCACCAGUGCCCUUUCUCCACAACUGUCCAGGCUAGAAUCCUCUCUUCUUUUUUCUUCUUCUUCUUCUGAUGAAAGUAGAGAAGGAGCUGCUCACAUUGGAAAGCUGAAAUACUUUUUGGGAAAGCUGUUUUAAAGCUAUUCUAACCAGCCUUCGUCAGAUGACACCUUUGUGAUGGUCCUAACUGAAAUCAUCUUCAAUUAAUUAAGCUUCAUAACUGUUUCACCGCCUUCUCAUCUAGAUAUUUAGGCUUGUUCCUCAGUUGUUGCUGUGUUUUUUUUAAAAAAACAAAACAUUUCAUUUAAUAAUUAUCCUCAUCAGCAUGCUUUGUGAUAGACAUUUUUCUGGGCAUAGGGAAAAACUAUGUUUAGCAUUCAUUUUUAUUUACACUGCCAAUAACUAUGGGGGGGGGGAGUUUUUUUUACUAGUACAUGUGUCAAAACAUUAAGUGAGAAAUGACUGUCUUUGCCUUGGUUUACCAGUGUCCAGAUACAUGCAUGUUGCAUGUAUGCAGAUGUGCUUAACAGUUUAUAUUGGACUCAGUGAGACUUCAAAGUGCCUAACUUCUGGCUAUUCACAAGGGAAACCUAUUUUCAAGGCUCUAAAAGAGCCAAUUUCAACCUGGUUAUGGUGAAGCACAAUAAUACAUGUGUUCUGAAAUGUGUUUGUGGUGUUGAGUCUUAUGCUUAAUUGUGGAAAGCCAAAGGGAUGUUGCUUUUUUGGGAAAGUAUGCUUUUUUUAAGAACAAAAACAAACUUGCAAAAGAUUUUUAAUAGAAUCUUGUCCACUGUUUUGCACUGAAUGGGAGAGAUCUUUUUUAAAUGAUUUCCAUUUCAACAGAAUUCAGCUAUUUCCUUGUCCCAGUUACUAUUCCCCCCCCACACACACACACACACAAGCAAUCUCAUGAAUGAUUACUACCAUUAAAAAUGUCAUUCCUAGAAACUGAAUAUUUAGGGAAAGUGGCUACUGUAAAGUGAAGCUUUUUCUCUUUGUAACUCUAUAAAGACCUCUGUACUGAAGGCAGAGGAUAAUUUUUUUCCAGAUCUUGGGACCAUUGUAGUAAGUUUGUAGUGUGCCAUAUCAGCAACAAAUCUGCAGCAAUCCUAUGCUGGGAAUCUGCCUGUGAGUGAGAAGACACUAGCUUGAACUUGACCUGUCACUCUACCACUCCAGAACAAUAACAGUUCUGAGAUAGUACCAUGUUUGUGUGGGUAGCAUAUGUAGAUUUCUAAGAAUCGUGUAUAGCAAUGUCAAAAAGGUAAAGGGUAUGUAUAAAGAUAGGAUAUUUAGUGAUAUGCAAAGUGAUAAAUGAAAGUAAAGAGAAGCGUGGCUGAUCCUUGAAGAACGUAUCCGGGAGACUACCUGCCAGUUAACCCAAAGUCUAUGCUUCUGUUCACUUUGGGGGAUGACAAAUAUUGUAAGAAUUUGUUACUGAAACUGAAAGCAAUGAACCCAUAAUUUUUUUUUUACUUGUGUAACUUGCCUAAUGAAACAGAAUUCAGGCUGUUAGAACUUUUUUAAAAAGUACCCUCUGUGCUAA